UAUCAUUGGGCUAUAUAUAGGAAGACCUGGGGCGGAACCAAGAACCGCUCACUUGCCUUCUGCAUCUGUCCUGGGAUGGUCACUGAUCUUUCAGUCCUGACAACUUGCUCUGCCUUGAAUCAUCUUCUGCUCUAGUCCUGUCUCUCCAUCAUCACCAUGUCCAGCUCCCAACAACACCUCAUGCAAGGCAUGCACCAGGACCUCAGCUGCCCCGUCUGUCUUAAGCUCUUCCAGUCCCCGGUGACAACAGAGUGCGGGCACACUUUCUGCCAGGCCUGCUUGGCCCGGGUGGCCACCGAAGAGUCUGAGGGCAAAGCUGCUCCCUCGUGUCCCACCUGCCAAGCCCUCACCAAGGUGGAGCAGCUGCGGAUCAACCAGCAGAUGGAGCAUUUGGUGGAGUCCUUCCGGCAGGUGCCUCGCGAUCACUGCGAAGAGCACCUCGACCCGCUCAGUGUCUACUGUGAACAGGACCGGCAGGUGAUCUGCGGAGUGUGCGCCUCACUCGGCAAGCACAAGGGACACAACAUCAUUACCGCUGCUGAGGCCCACCAGAGGAUGAAGAAACAGCUUCCUCAGCAGCAGGUCCAGCUCCAGGAAGCCCAAAUACGCAAGGAGAAGGAAACAGUAUCCCGGUUCAAACACCAAGUAUCAGAUCAGCUGGGGGUCAUGCGGUCCUAUCUGGGGGUGCUGGAGUCUUCCCUGGGCCAGGAGGCUGAGCGGGUGCAACAACAGGCCACCGAGGCCUUGCAAAACGAACGCAAGACCUUGACCCGCUACCUGGACCAGCUCAAGCAGAUGGAGAUGGUGCUGGGCAACGUGCAAGACGAACCCCAGACCGAGUUCCUGAGGAAAUAUUGUCUGGUUGCCAGCAGAUUGCAGAAGAUCCUGGGGGAAUCUCCACCCGUUGCCCGCAUGGACAUUCAGCUCCCCAUAAUUUCUGAUGAGUUUAAGUUUCAAGUAUGGAGGAAGAUGUUCCGUGCAAUAAUGCCAGCUUUGGAAAACCUGACCUUGGACCCAGCCACCGCGCAAGCCAACCUAGUGGUGUCUGAAGAUGGGAAAAGAGUGGAAUGUGUUGAACAUAAGCAAGCCGUGAGCUCGGAUGACCCACAACGGUUUGACAAGUCCAACUGCCUGGUCUCACGCCAGAGCUUCUCACAAGGAGAACACUACUGGGAGGUGACAGUAGAUGACAAGCCCCGUUGGGCUCUGGGCCUCAUCUCAGCUGAAACCGGGCGCAAGGGCCGCCUGCACGCCACCCCGUCCAAUGGCUUCUGGCUGGUGGGUUGCAAGGAAGGGAAAACCUACGAGGCCUAUGUGGAGCACAAGGAACCCCGGUCUCUGAAGCUGGAGGGAAAGCCCAGCCGAAUUGGUAUCUACCUCAGCUUCGACGAUGGCCUCCUGGCCUUCUACGAUGCCAGUGACGAAGACAAUCUGGUCCAGAUCUUUGCUUUCCAUGAGCGCUUUACAGGCACGGUCUACCCCUUCUUUGACGUCUGCUGGCACGACAAGGGCAAGAACAGCCAGCCUUUAAUCCUCUACACCCCAGAGUCACAGGAGCGAUAACUAACCAUGAGCAGAAAUGACCCGGUAUCUUCUAGACCAGCCUUCUAGACCCGGGUUCCUCUUUAUGUGCUGAGUCUGCAUCGUGUAGCAUCCUAAAAUUCUAGACAAUUAUAAUCCCAAUAGCUCUGGAGAACACCAAAUGAGCAAAGGCUGCUAUAAAUUCACCCAUUACUAGCUCCUAUCUAUAUUAUCACCUGCCAUGGUCUUCAGAGGAGCUGUUUCUUACCAAAGCUGCACAUUGUACCCCUCUCCCCAAUUAUUAGCAAUUUUAACUCCGUUGCACACAGACUCCUAAGUCAUAGCCACAUUCAGUUUGAUUAAAGAAAUGCCACUGUAUCAGCACAGGUCUGUCAUCUAAAACUUGGAAUCUUGACAAUUUUCUCGGUUUAGAAAUAAAGGCUUA